AUGAAGGCCAUAAUUGGGUCUCAUGGCUUAUGGGACAUUGUCGAGAAAGGAUAUGAAGAUCUCGCAGACGAGAAUACUGCAACUGUGGCUGCACUAGAAGCUUGGCAGCGAACAAAGAAGAAAGAUCAAAGUGCACUCUCAAUUAUUCAUCAAGGGAUAGAUGAUGACAUGUUCGAGAAGAUAGCCAAUGCAACAAGAGCCAAGGAUGCAUGGGAAAUUCUAAAGAAUUCUGUGGUCGGAGUUGAUAGAGUGAAGAAGGUGCGACUCCAAACUCUAAGGGCUGAGUUUGAGUCGAUUUUGAUGAAGGAGAAUGAGUCCAUAACAGAUUAUUUUACUCGAGUAUUGGCAGUGGUGAAUCAAAUGAAGCAGCUCAAUGAAAAGAUGGAAGAUACAAGAGUAGUAGAGAAGAUUUUGCGCUCUCUUAACGCAAAAUUCACUUAUGUGGUGGUGGCAAUUGAAGAAUCGAAGGACAUAGAGUCCAUGACCAUCGACGAGUUACAUGGAUCGUUGUUAGCCCAUGAAGAGAGAAUGAAGAGGACCCAACAAGAACCAAUGGAGCAAGUUUUGCAAGCAAAAUUUUCCUUUAAUCCUAAGGGAAAUGACAGAGGAGGAAGAGGUCGAGGUCGUGGUAGAAGCCGAGGUUGUGGAUGA